AUGCCCUCGACAAUUAUUCGGAGAUCCACCGAUCAAGGAUCGGCCAGCACCAAGGGUACCAAGACUUUCACAGGGGAUGUUUGGGUUGACCCAAUCUACAACACACCAGACAUCAAGAUCAACAACGUCUUCUUCAGCCCGGGCGCUCGCAGUUUCUGGCACACGCAUGAGCGGGGUCAGCUUUUGAGAGUGGUCGCGGGCUCAGGUUGGAUCUGUGACAGGGGCAGUGAACCCCGACGUCUGAUGGCAGGGGACGUGGUAUGGGCAGCCCCGGGAACUACACAUUGGCAUGGCGGCGACGAUGGAAGUUACAUGUGCCAUUUGGCGGUCAGUCAUGGCUCGACGAGGUGGCAUGAAGAGGUGGCAGCUGAAGAUCUCCCCCAGAAGAAUUAA